UCCACGACAGCAUCUCCGAGGAGGGCUUCCACUACCUGGUCUUCGAUCUGGUCACCGGUGGGGAGCUCUUUGAGGACAUUGUGGCAAGAGAAUAUUACAGUGAAGCAGACGCCAGUCACUGCAUCCAGCAGAUCCUGGAGGCGGUUCUCCAUUGCCACCAAAUGGGGGUUGUCCACAGGGACCUCAAGCCGGAGAACCUGCUUCUGGCCAGCAAGUGCAAAGGGGCCGCAGUGAAGCUGGCGGACUUCGGCCUGGCCAUCGAGGUGCAGGGGGACCAGCAGGCAUGGUUCGGGUUUGCUGGCACGCCAGGCUACCUGUCCCCAGAGGUCCUUCGCAAGGAGGCGUAUGGCAAGCCGGUGGACAUCUGGGCGUGCGGGGUGAUCCUGUACAUCCUGCUCGUGGGCUACCCGCCCUUCUGGGACGAGGACCAGCACAAGCUGUACCAGCAGAUCAAGGCUGGAGCCUACGACUUCCCAUCCCCCGAGUGGGACACGGUCACUCCUGAAGCCAAAAACCUCAUCAACCAGAUGCUCACCAUCAACCCUGCCAAGCGCAUCACAGCGCACGAGGCGCUGAAACACCCGUGGGUCUGCCAACGCUCCACUGUGGCGUCCAUGAUGCACAGGCAGGAGACCGUGGAGUGUCUGAAGAAGUUCAACGCCCGGAGGAAGCUCAAGGGCGCGAUCCUCACCACCAUGCUGGCCACGCGGAAUUUCUCAGUGGGCAGACAGACCACCGCUCCGGCCACAAUGUCCACCGCGGCCUCCGGCACCACCAUGGGGCUGGUGGAACAAGCAGCCAAGAGUUUACUCAACAAGAAAGCAGACGGAGUCAAGCCCCAGACGAAUAGCACCAAAAACAGUGCAGCUGCCACCAGCCCCAAGGGGACGCUCCCUCCAGCCGCCCUGGAGCCUCAAACCACCGUCAUUCAUAACCCAGUGGACGGGAUCAAGGAGUCGUCCGACAGCACCCAUACCACCAUAGAAGAUGAAGACACAAAAGCCCCCAGGGUCCCUGACAUUCUGAGCUCCGUGAGGAGGGGCUCGGGGACCCCAGAAGCUGAGGGCCCCCCGCCCGCCCCAGCCCCCAGGAUCUCUGACAUCCUGAACACGGUGAGGAGGGGCUCGGGGACCCCAGAAGCCCAGGGCCCCCCACCCUGCCUGUCUCCGGCUCUCCCAGGCCCCCCACCCACCCCGUCGCGGAAGCAGGAGAUUAUCAAGAUCACAGAGCAGCUCAUCGAGGCUGUCAACAACGGUGACUUCGAGGCCUACGCGAAAAUCUGCGACCCAGGCCUGACUUCAUUUGAGCCUGAAGCUCUGGGCAACCUGGUUGAAGGGAUGGACUUCCACAGAUUCUACUUUGAGAACUUGCUCGCCAAGAACAGCAAGCCGAUCCACACGACCAUCCUGAACCCGCACGUGCACGUCAUCGGCGAGGACGCCGCGUGCAUCGCCUACAUCCGCCUCACGCAGUACAUCGAUGGGCAGGGCCGGCCCCGCACCAGCCAGUCCGAGGAGACGCGCGUGUGGCACCGCCGAGACGGCAAGUGGCAGAACGUGCACUUCCACUGCUCGGGCGCGCCCGUGGCCCCGCUGCAGUGAAGAGCUGCAGCUGGUUUCGCGGGACAGACUCGGUGUUUGGAGCCCAGCUGCCCUCGGGCGCACGGCCUGCCUGUCGCAUGUUUGUGUCUGCCUCGUUCCUCCCCUGGUGCCUGUGUCUGCAGAAAACCAAGACCAGAUGUGAUUUCUUUUUAAAAAACAAGAUGACAACGACAACCACACACACACAAAAUGAUGUCGGAUGAAAUGGAAAAAAAAAACACUAAAC